AUACUCCAGGCCGCGCGCCGCGGAGAGAAGUGGCCGAGGCAGGAAGCGGACCCGGCUGCGAGUUGAGACGAAGUUGGACAAAAAUCCGUUCCCGGCGGGGAGACGCGGAGGCUGAACGGAGAUGGAGAACAAGGAGCUGAUGAGACCGCUCCUCACAUCUGGCCACGAUGAGGAGGCCGUGCUGGACCAGGGGAAGACCAGCUCCACCCUUUACACCAACUUUGAGAAAGAGGAGCUGGAGAGUCACAGGGCCGUCUACAUCGGGGUCCACGUACCGCUGGGCCGACAGACCCGAAGGCGCCAUCGGCACAGAGGGCACAGACAUCACCGCAAGAGACGGGACCGCUUGGACCAGGACGACGGACGCGAGUCCCCCACAUACGACACGCCGUCGCAGAGAGUCCGCUUCAUCUUGGGGACGGAGGACGACGACGAGGAGCACAUCCCUCACGACCUGUUCACCGAGCUGGACGAGCUGGCCUUCAGAGACGGAGACGUCCAGGAGUGGAAGGAGACGGCCAGGUGGCUGAAGUUCGAGGAGGACGUGGAGGACGGCGGCGAGCGCUGGAGCAAACCCUACGUGGCCACGCUCUCGCUGCACAGCCUGUUCGAGCUGCGUUCCUGCAUCCUGAACGGCACCGUCCUGCUGGACAUGAGGGCCAACAGCAUCGAGGAGAUCGCAGACAUGGUGAUCGACGGGAUGCUGGUGGCCGGGCAGCUGGAGGAGGGCGCUCGAGAGAAGGUGAGGGAGGCCAUGCUGAGGCGCCACCACCACCAGAACGAGAAGAAGCUGAGCAACCGCAUCCCGCUGGUUCGAUCGUUUGCAGAUAUAGGCAAGAAACACUCGGACCCCCAUUUGCUCGAACGCAACGGGGAGGGUCUGUCUUCUUCUAAUCUCUCUCUCCUCCGUCGCUCCUCCAUCAUGUCGUGGGAUGCGUCCAGCCCUGACGUGUCCCGUUUGUCCAGCCUGUUGAAGCGUGUCCUGCCCAGCCCCGGCUCCUCCCGUCAGGCCUCCCCCACUCUCUAUCGUUGUGAACGACACUUCUCUGAGCCCUGCCCGCCUGGACUCACCUCCUCCCACUGCGACACACUCCUGGAGUCUUCCUCCCCCUCUGCUGCACGUCGCUGCUCUGCUCCAGGAGGCCUGAUGGGAGAAAUCCCUGAGGUGGUGGUUCACCCCCCUUUGGAGGAGGAGGAGGAGGUGUCCAGGGUCUCCUGCCAGGAUCUCACAGGUCUGCUGGUGUCUCCCCAGUCGGCUCCAGGAAACCUCGACAGCAAAGUCGGCGACAGUCGAAACGGUGGCGGAAACGGAGGGAGUCGGGAAAACAGCACGGUGGACUUUAGCAAGGACUGCGACUGUGUGUGUUUGCUGCCAGCGACCGGCAGAAAAGCCUCCGUGGACAUGAACUUCAUGAAGAAGAUUCCUCCCGGCGCCGAGGCCUCCAACGUCCUGGUGGGUGAGGUUGACUUCUUGGAGCGGCCCAUUAUCGCCUUUGUCCGUCUGUGUCCCGCCGUGCUGCUGACCGGCCUCACCGAGGUUCCCGUCCCCACCAGGUUCCUUUUCUUGCUACUGGGUCCGUUUGGCAAAGGUCCACAGUACCAUGAGAUCGGCCGCUCCAUCGCUACCCUGAUGACAGAUGAGAUUUUCCAUGACGUGGCCUACAAGGCGAGGGACAGGAACGACCUGCUGUCAGGGAUCGAUGAGUUCUUGGAUCAGGUCACUGUUCUGCCUCCAGGUGAAUGGGACCCCAGCAUCCGCAUCGAACCCCCUAAGAGCGUCCCAUCCCAGGAGAAGAGGAAGCUGGCGUCGGCCCCUAACGGCUCCGCCUCCGGCUACGACAUGAUGAAGGACUCGGAGCAUCACACCGGGCCUGAGCUGCAGAGGACAGGGAGGAUCUUCGGCGGUCUGGUGAAUGAUGUCCGGAGGAAGACUCCGUUCCUGUGGAGCGACAUCAGAGACGCUCUGAGCCUCCAGUGCUUGGCGUCCAUCCUCUUCCUCUACUGUGCCUGCAUGUCGCCCGUCAUCACGUUCGGAGGUUUGCUGGGAGAAGCCACCAAAGGAAACAUCAGCGCCAUAGAGUCUCUGUUUGGGGCGUCUCUGACAGGCGUGGCCUACUCCAUGUUCUCCGGUCAGCCUCUCACUAUCCUGGGCAGCACCGGACCCGUUCUGGUGUUUGAGAAGAUCCUCUUCAAGUUCUGCUGCGAUUACGGCUUGUCCUACCUGUGUCUGAGGACCAGCAUCGGACUCUGGACCGCCUUCCUCUGCCUGCUGCUGGUCGCUACCGACGCCAGCUCUCUGGUCUGCUACAUCACUCGCUUCACAGAGGAGGCCUUUGCUGCUCUCAUCUGCAUCAUCUUCAUCUACGAGGCUCUGGAGAAACUGUUCCACCUCGGGGAGGUCUACCCCAUCAACAUGCAUGACCACCUGGACAACUUGACCUUCUACAGGUGUCGAUGCUCUCCACCAACCAACGCAUCAGCUGACGUCCAGCAGAUGUGGAUCAGCAACAACCUGACCUUGGACAGCAUCCAGUGGGAGCAGCUGAGCGUGAAGGAAUGUCGCGUCCUGAACGGGCAGUUUGUCGGCUCGGCCUGCAGCCAUGAUGGUCCCUAUGUCCCCGACGUCCUGCUGUGGUCAGUCAUUCUCUUCUUCACCACCUUCUUCCUCUCGUCAGUCCUCAAGCAGAUCAAGAACAAGAGAUACUUCCCCACCAAGGUGCGAUCAACCAUCAGUGACUUCGCCGUCUUCCUGACUAUCAUGAUCAUGGUGUUGGUGGAUUACCUGGUUGGAGUUCCUUCCCCUAAACUCAAUGUACCCGACCGCUUCGAGCCCACAUCCAAAAGUCGCGGCUGGCUGAUCUCUCCUCUGGGACCGAAUCCCUGGUGGACUCUUCUGGCUGCUGCUAUCCCUGCUCUGCUCUGCACUAUCCUCAUCUUCAUGGACCAGCAGAUCACGGCAGUCAUCAUCAACAGGAAGGAGAACAAGCUCAAGAAAGGCUGCGGGUACCACCUGGACCUGCUGGUGGUGGGGCUGAUGCUGGGCCUUUGUUCCAUUAUGGGCCUGCCAUGGUUUGUGGCUGCAACCGUGCUCUCCAUCUCCCACGUUAACAGUCUGAAGGUGGAGUCGGAGUGUGCGGCGCCCGGAGAGCAGCCAAAGUUCCUGGGCAUCAGGGAGCAGAGAGUCACCGGCUUCAUGAUCUUCUUUCUGAUGGGCUGCUCCGUCUUCAUGACCUCCGCCCUCAAGUACAUCCCGAUGCCGGUCCUGUACGGAGUCUUCCUCUACAUGGGGGUGUCGUCGCUCAGAGGCAUCCAGCUGUUUGACAGGAUCAAGCUGUUCGGCAUGCCCACCAAACACCAGCCGGACCUCAUCUACCUGCGCUACGUCCCGCUGUGGAAGGUCCACGUCUUCACCGUGGUGCAGCUGUCCUGCCUCAUCGUGCUCUGGGUCAUCAAGGUUUCUGCAGCCGCUGUUGUGUUCCCUAUGAUGGUCCUGGCCUUGGUGUUUAUCCGGAAGCUUCUGGACUUCUGCUUCACCAAGAGAGAGCUGAGCUGGUUGGACGACCUGAUCCCAGAGAGCAAGAAGAAGAAGGAAGAUGACAAGAAGAAGAAGGAGAAGGAGGAGGCUCAGAGGAUGCUAGACGACACGGAGGAUGAUCCUCCAUUCGACACAGGAAACAUCCUCAAGUUCCCCAUCAAAAGCCUGAAAGGCCGAGCGGACCCGUCGGAGGUGAACAUCUCCGAUGAAAUGGCCAAAAGCGGCAUCUGGAAAUCUGUUUCCAUGACGUCCGACAGCAGCAAGUCUCUGAAACGCUGCAAGAGCCAGGAGAAGCUGCCCUGCGUCCACAUACACGUGGAGAACGAGGACGGUGGGAGGUCUGUGGACGCGGAGACGUCGCUAUGAUGCUGAGGUGAAAGGUCGUCGGAGGACCAUCACCGCACCGUGUCGUGUGUCUCGACGGAGGUGAACGUUUAAUAUUCUCAUCGUUUUAUGGUGAAACGCGAAGACGCCACUGGGAGCAAACAUGGCCGCCGCCCCCAGGAACAGCCUCCUCAGGGUUCGGCUGCUUGUUGCUGCGCUGAAGUUUAAUUUUAUAGUCUUAAAGUUUCUGUUUCUAUUUUAAUAAAGUGACUCUUCACGUCCGACGCAGGUCAGUUUUUUUUAUUUUUUUUUUUUUAAAUGUAAUGCUUCAUCCUGAUUUCAGUCUGUAGCUCCAGACCUCAUGUUGUUGCCUCCAGUGGCCGAAUGAAUAAUGACUCGGUUGCUGCCGGUGCAGUUUAAUUGUAACGUUUAAAUAAAAGCAGUUUUAUGAUGCUCAGUUCAUCAGAUCUGACUCCUGAUUUGUAGCUGAAUCUGUGAAGACAUUUUGUCCUGUGCUUCACUCUGCGUUCCUGGAGGGAUUCGGACUCGCAGCCCUUCUCCAGGAAACUGAUCUGAGCUUGUUUGUGGAACAGACACUGGUCACUGAAUGUGAAUACACAGGACGAACCUCCCUACUGGUCUGCUGUUACUGUGAUCAUCCCUCUGGGAUGUGAAUCUGUGUGUCCUGUCUUUGUUUUUAUACGCUCCGUUUCAUUUCAGACAUGAAUUUUAUGAUGCUAUUUCAUUGUACGAUCACAUCACAAUGUAGAAAUGGUUAAUAAAUGUUUAUUUGCAAAGUGAA